AUGUUGGGAUGGCUGCCUAACAGAGUUUUUAAAAUCCAUUGCGCCACAUCUGCCCUCCAAGGCAGCAACUUUCACCUCUGUAACAACACAACUGGCGCACACAGGUCCCGUAGCAACAAGCCUCACCCGCUACUACAGUCACCGACGCCUGAGUGUCAUUGGGAUCUGCUUGGCGGUGACGGGCGUUUUCUUGUGUGCCUUCUGGAUGACCUCGUUUGGUAUUAUGUUUGCUUCGGGUCAUUGCGGAUAGCAGAUGACACAACCACAUCCACAAUAGCAGAUGACACCACCACAUCAACAAUACCAGAUGACACCACCACCUCCACAAUAGCAGAUGAAACCACCACCUCCACAAUAGCAGAUGACACCACUACCCCCACAAUAGUAGAUGACACCACCACAUUCACAAUAGCAGAUGACACUACCACAUCCACAAUAGCAGAUGUUACCACCACCCCCACAAUAGCAGAUGGCACCACCACAUCCAUAAUAGCAGUUGACAUCACCAUAUCCACAAUAGCAGAUGACACAACCACAUCCACAAUAGCAGUUGACACCACCACAUCCACAUUACCAGAUGACACCACCACAUCAACAAUACCAGAUGACACCACCACAUCCACAAUACCAGAUGAAACAUGA